CUGAGGAGAUACUCCUAGACAACCUUCAUUCCUGUUGUCUCUAAUACUGGUCAGGUGAAGGAAAGGAAAUCUAGUUCUGAGUACGAGGAAAAUUGUGAUCAGCACUGUAAAGCGAUCAACGAAUCCAUUUGCUAACUGGUCACAGCAGUUCAUGGAACUCAAUGGCAAAUACUUCUUUCUUCUUGCAAAGGGCUUUUAAGUCUCUUAUCCCUUUCCUGAAAGAUUGCUGUUGAUGGCGUACUCCGAGAGGAAGAAGCAUGUCUUCGUCAUGAAAAAGUAGGAGUUGCUUUUCUUUUUUCUAUUAACUGCCUUUGCGAGCAUCAACAAAAGUCUCUUUACCUUCCUCUCGGGAACAGUUGUGGCAACCAGGAGAACUAGACCAAGAAUCUCACUGAAGUCUUUAUCAGGUACACUACAGAAAGCCUGUAAAGUUGGCAUCCCAUAUUCUCUUAUUUAUCCAUUAAAGAUUCUUCAGCAUGCACCUUCCUGGGUGAUCUCUUUUCACAGCUCCUCUUAGUUUCCAAUCUCAACUAUCACCUUUAUUGUUCUAAUACUACCUUCAGUUUCCACACCACUUUGCCAAAAAAAGAUGCAGGUUAUAACAUCUGAAACUUGGAAAAGAACUCAGGUCGGUAAACCUACUAACAGUCUCUCUUUCUCCUGUGACAUCAUAAGAAGCUACAGGUUUAUGGAGUAUGAUCAAGAAGGAGAUCGCCUUUCCAUCUGAUCACCACUUCUACGCCAACCGCUUGCAGAAGAGUAGAUGCAUAAAUCAAGCUGUGCUUUUAAGUACAUCCCACAGCUUGCUUGCACCUUCCAUGAGGGACGAAAUCUCAUGUCGCCUUUCGUAUGUGGGCAAUAACAUGGUUAUUUCGAUCAGACAGCAAAUCAAGACGUGAUUUCAUUCUCCAUCAGUUUCAUUGGAGGAGAAGUGUCUCUCAUCAUGGGGAAAUACUUACAGUUCUUUUCUGAAGAAAAAGGCUAUAUAAGGAGGGUUGAGCUUGGCAGUAAAUGUUGCUUCUAUGACCUUGAGCUCGUCACUCCACACAUAAACCUACUAAGAGGAAUCUCUCAGAACGACCAUGGAAGAAACCCUAGACUACCUAUCUGGCUUCCUGUGCACUGGCCACAAGGUCAAGAAGAAGCAGUUUCAGACCGUGGAGCUGAAGGUCAGAAUGGACUGCGACGGCUGUGAGCUUAAAGUCAAGAAAGCCCUUUCUUCAAUCAACGGAGUUCAAUCGGUUGACGUCGACAGGAAGCAGCAGAAGGCCACCGUCACCGGCUACGUGGAGCCAAACCAGGUCUUAAGGAAGGCCAAGGCCACAGGGAACAAGGCCGAGCUCUGGCCUUACCUUCCUUACAGCUUGGUGACACACCCUUACACCGCAGGCAUCUACGACAAGAAGGCUCCCUCAGGUUACGUUAGGAAUGUGGAGUGUGUUGCCGUGGUCUCCGACCACGGCGGCAAGCAAGAAGACCAGCUCGCCGAUAUGUUCAGCGAGGAUAACCCCAACUCCUGCUCUAUCACGUGACAUGUUUUCGUCCUCUGCGACAGCUGAUCUCGUCCCUCCACACUGUUCACAUACUACUACUGUUCGGUGAUUCCAUGUCUCAGAGUGGGGAAUUGGUGGCGGGGACUAAGGGGUUAUGUCGUGUUUUGUGGCUUUCAGCUUUUUACGUGUGUACUUUUUGUUGGAUGAGCGUUGACGAUUUAUAAAAACAAAAAACAAAAAACAAAAACAGCAACACGCGUCGGACAGUUGUAUCAA